UAUAGUGUUAACAGAUUCACAUAAAUCCCUUUCUCUUUCUCUCUCUCUCUGUUGCCUGCUGUGUGUUGCAGAAAAGAUACAAAAAGGUGCGCAUUUGUUCAUGUGGGGGUUCUAUACCCUUUGGAUGAAGGAGUUAGAUCGGUUUCCUACGUGCGUUUGGUUAUAUCCGAGGCAUAGCUAGUACAGAAGGCAGAGGCUCAAGUGGAACAUACUUGUUUGUGGUGGCCUGGUUUCUGCAAGGUCUGAUGCUCCGGUGAAGCUUCUGGGAAGAGAAGGUGCAAAUAAGCAUGGAUUGCUUAACCUUCACAAAACUAGAAGGAUGAAGGAUCUUCUCUGUGGGGAAUAAGCUGCCAGUAGUCUUUAAAUGUGUAAAUUAAGUGUUGACAUUCUCUGUAGAAAUCAUAACAAUUCUUGAUCAUAUGGAUGAGGAAAUGUCCGAGUCUUCAGCAUCACUUGAGGAAUCAAAUCAGGUCAGUAGUCCUGGAAAUGAACGUAAAGAAGGGAGGAUGAGAAGAGAACUUGAUGAUUCAGAUGAUGAUGGAACUCAGGUUGUAAAGCAGCAGCGAAUGAAAGGGCUUAAGGACUUGGGAAUUGGGGAUUCCUCAUUAUCCAAGAGAAAGAGAUCUCAAACAGCCCACGUUCACGAGUUCUUGAAAAGGAAAAACCGUUGUCGUCCUUUGACAAAGGUUUUGAAGAGCAAAACAAAAGUGGUUAUAAGUGAGCAGCCGAUUGCUAACCGUUCAUGUGGGUCCCCCCUUCCUGAGCCCAUUGAAAAUGGAACUUCACAGGACAAGCACACUGAAGGUCUUGUGCCCAUUCUUGUAUCUCCAAAGCCUCAGGAUAUUGCUGAUGGACAAUCCAGCCAAAGUAUUCAAGAUAUAACAAAGUCCUCAGGAAACAAGGAAUCUGUGGAGUCUGAUUCUACUAGUUCAGCGGUUGUUGAUAUUAACGAUAUAAGUCGUAGAUUUGUUGAAGGUAUUUCUCGGUGGAAAUCAAAAGGUAAGAGGAACUCAAGACAUAUGAGCAAACAUAAAGUAACUGCAGGCAGUGCUAUUCAAAUGGACAGUCUCCUUGGUUGGAAUUGGCCUGAUUUGCUGCCCUCUGAGAGAUGGCUUCCUUACAGGCAAUCAUGUUACACAAUGAACCCAAUUUAUCAUAUUCCUAUUCGAGGUUAUGAUCCCAGCUCUUCCUUGUUUGAUGUCCAUUUGAAAGUGAAAGCUAGUUAUCGUCCCCCUCAUGUGCCUUACAUUUCCCUUAUGAGUAAGUUGAAUGGCCGAGCCAUUAUAGGUCAUCCUAUCACUGCUGAGGUUUUGGAUGAAUCGGUUUGUGAUCGUUUGGUGGGAGGAGCAAGUGAAAGCAAACAUCACAUGUUGAAAGACGAUAUGCACAAUAAUAUAGCUGAUUUGAAAGAUUCCCCCGCUGGUCUUAAAGCUAAGACAAAUCAAGGUAGUGGUAAGAAUCUCAAACAGAGCAAAUCGCCAAAUACUAGGAAAAACGGCCUGUCCUCGAAAAAAAUAAGGAAGCUCUCUUCACUUACAGGUUCCCAAAAACAAAGCCAUAAUGAGAAGAAUUUGUUGGUAGAGAAGGUCAAGGGCCCUGUUAUAGCUUGUGUGCCGUUGAAAGUGGUAUUUAGUAGGAUAAACGCAUCAUUCAACAGCUCAAUGCGGUUUAUGGCAGCAUCGAGUAGUAGUAAUCCCUGAAAACCGCUUAUUGUCAGGAAAUGCACAUCCUCUUUCUUCUUUAGACGGGGUAUAAUAUGAUUCUUCAAUUUCAGCAGCAGCAGAGUAGUAGUUUAGAAGCAUUAAAGGGAAUGAUGGGUCCUUCUGGUCUGUACAAUAGCAUUCUGGCCCUAGGAAUAUAGAGAAGAGAAGAUGUGAUGCUAGUCUGCUAUGUAUAUAAAAUGUAGCAUUGGUAGAUGGAAGUGAAGAUAUGGACUGGCUUUUAGUGUUGUUGGUGUUAAUUAUGGGAAAUGGGACAGUAUUUUACUAAAGAGGCUAAUAAUUGGAUUGGAUAUGGUUUGACAAAAUCCUGCACUUUGGAGAUAUGUCUAGACCUUUCAGCAAAAAUAUAUAGGGAGGAUGAUCAUGGGUGUACAACAUCACAGUUUCUCGUGGUAAUUAUUUGUUUGUUGGAACUAUAUUCUUUUAUUUUUACUUUUUUCUAGACGUGAAAUAAUGAUAGUGCAGGCAGGCAGUUGUGAAGUUAUUAAACUUUGUUGUGGAAAUUAUUGAAAUUACUUUUUU